GUUUGGGUGGUUUAUGGUUUCAACAACUAUGAAAUUGAUGAUGUUUAUUACUAUGAUCCUGUUGAGGACAAGUGGACAGAAGUGGAAACAUUCGGUGAGAAGCCUUCCGGGAGGAGCGUUUUCGCUAGUGCAGUUGUUGGGAAACACAUUGUGAUAUUCGGAGGUGAGAUUGAUAUGGACCCACAAGCUCACGUGGGCCCGGGACAAAUGACCGAUGGGACUUUUGCGUUGGAUACAGAGACGUUGAAGUGGGAGAGGUUGGAUAAGUUAGGUGAAGAGGUGAAGGCGGAGGAGGAGACAAAGAAUGGGUCAGGACUAUCAAUACAUGUUGGGAUCCCAAUUCUAAUAGAUUUAGAUGUUUCUAUCGGAAACCCUUUUGGAAGCCACAAGAAGAAAAAGGAAGAAGCGAAGCAGGAGAUGACUCCAGCUAUCAGGGGAUGGACAGCUUCCACGAGUGGGACAGUUAAUGGUAAGAAAGGGCUGCUGAUGCAUGGUGGCAAAGCUGUGACCAAUGACCGCUUUGAUGAUCUCUUCUUUUACGAGUUUAACUCUGCUUAA